GAAAGCUGCUUGGACUUCAGCUGUAGUUUUUAAACCUUGCUUUUGAUUGCCCCGGUAGUGAUUGUCAAGUCCUUGGACUUGCGUUAGGAGCUGUUUGGAAACUAACAUGGUUUAGUCCACUAACUGCAUGUUGGGUAAAUUCAAAACCCACAUGCUCGUCCUCUUGCAGUGGAAUAAGUCACAUCUGAUGGACAUUUUCUGUGCUGAUAGCAUAGUAAUGAACGUCUGACAGGCGCGACCUUUCAUAAGACAACCCUCACUAUUGGCUUUCUGCCCAGAAUAUUGCUGCAACACUAUCUGUGAUUGGUUAUCUCUCUAUCAUGCAUUGCUUCACAAGGGGAAACGGCCCCCUUUUUAAUAAAUCUACGAUGGCUGGCUGCAAUAUGCCUCACUGUUGGUACUAAGAAGUGCCUUUCCUGACGUCUCUGCUGCUUGGACCCGCUUCUAGAGCAGCCUCUGCUUUUGCCUUGCUUGCUGCCAGCUAGACUGUGACGACAGCACAUCCGCCCUCCACCUCUAGCCCAGACACCCCCAUUUCUACUUCUAAUCAGGAGAAAAGCUCUGAGUAUCUGCCAUUGCCCUAGGCUGCUUUAGUUUAGAAGAAAAGUUUGCUGAAAAAGUAAGAUACCUUCUGCCAGGAAAUCAAGGAGGAAAAAAAAAAUCAUUUUCUCGAUUUUGCUCUAAACCGCCGCAUCUGUCUAUGCCAAACUAAUCAAUACCGAUCGCAACGCCCAACUCCAUCGCAAACCCAGCUGUGAGGAGGCUCCCUGUCAGACAACUUUGCUGAAAGCAGCUUGGAAAUCGGUGUCAAAGGGUCUGCCACGUUUUCAUGCUUGCAUUUUGGGCUCCAAAUUGGCACUGGGAAAGGGUUACUGAGCACAAGGCUGAUUCCAGGCCCUCCUUUAAACACCCAACUACUUACAACCCUGGUAUUUCUCUAAAAACCAAAACCUCUUUGAAUUAACAGUUUCAUGCUGUGAAUUUCUAGUGGAGGUCUUUCCCUUGAUACUGAAGUCACACUUUUCCAUGUGCCGUUAAAGCAGGGACUGGGGAAACAGCCUUUCGGACAUUUUCACCGUCAUUUCACAGUUCUAAGUUUUAUCACUUCCUAUUUUGUUUUGGUUUUUGUUUUUUGCUUUGGUUGCUGAUUUUUUUUCUUUUUUUGAGAGGGGUUGGGUUUGUCGGUUUCAUUGAACAUUUAAGUACCUGUAAAAUAUAAACAUGGCUGUUAGUGUCACACCAAUUCGGGACACAAAAUGGCUAACACUGGAAGUAUGUAGAGAGUUUCAAAGGGGGACUUGCUCACGGCCAGACACGGAAUGUAAAUUUGCACAUCCUUCGAAAAGCUGCCAAGUUGAAAAUGGACGAGUAAUCGCCUGCUUUGAUUCACUGAAAGGUCGUUGCUCCAGGGAGAACUGCAAAUAUCUUCAUCCACCCCCACACUUAAAAACACAAUUGGAGAUAAAUGGACGGAAUAACUUGAUUCAACAGAAGAACAUGGCCAUGUUGGCCCAGCAAAUGCAGUUAGCCAAUGCCAUGAUGCCUGGUGCCCCAUUGCAGCCCGUGAACUUAAUGCAACAGUCAUUCCAAAAAAGAGGGGGGGAUUGCAUUUCGAGGUGGGAGGGAUCCCCAUAUUACACCGGCAGUGAUACCAAUUAUCAAUACUGUACAGUCGAGCCAAUGUUUUCAGUUGCACCAAGCUUAGCCACCAAUGCAUCAGCAGCCUUUAAUCCCUACCUGGGGCCUGUUUCCCCAAGCCUGGUUCCAGCAGAGAUCUUGCCCACUGCACCAAUGUUGGUCACGGGGAAUCCUGGAGUUCCAGUGCCAGCAGCUGCUGCAGCUGCCGCACAGAAGUUAAUGCGGACAGACAGACUGGAGGUGUGUCGAGAGUACCAGCGUGGCAAUUGCAACCGAGGAGAAAAUGAUUGUCGGUUUGCGCAUCCUGCUGACAGCACAAUGAUUGACACCAAUGACAACACAGUUACCGUCUGCAUGGAUUACAUCAAAGGGAGAUGCUCUCGGGAAAAGUGCAAAUACUUCCAUCCUCCUGCACACCUGCAAGCCAAGAUCAAGGCUGCCCAAUACCAGGUCAACCAGGCUGCAGCAGCACAGGCUGCAGCUACUGCAGCUGCCAUGACUCAGUCGGCUGUCAAAUCACUGAAGCGACCCCUCGAGGCAACCUUUGACCUGGGAAUUCCUCAAGCUGUACUUCCCCCAUUGCCAAAGAGGCCUGCUCUUGAAAAAACCAACGGUGCCACCGCAGUCUUUAACACUGGUAUUUUCCAAUACCAACAGGCUCUAGCCAACAUGCAGUUACAGCAGCAUACAGCGUUUCUCCCACCAGGCUCAAUAUUGUGCAUGACACCCGCUACAAGUGUUGUUCCCAUGGUGCACGGUGCUACGCCAGCCACUGUGUCCGCAGCAACAACAUCUGCCACAAGUGUUCCCUUCGCUGCAACAGCCACAGCCAACCAGAUACCCAUAAUAUCUGCCGAACAUCUGACUAGCCACAAGUACGUUACCCAGAUGUAGAGCUGUCGUCAUAAAACAAUCAUACAAAAAGAAAAGGACAGUGUGCUUGGUUAGAGUAAGGACGACGUCAUUAGCCAUAUUGUAUAUACCGUCAAGCAACACACACAGAAAUCCCUCAGCCACAAGACAUCCACGUAUUGCAUGUUAACCAGAAGAAAAGACAACAUGAGAACCUGCUGCACACUGUCGCCUACACACUUUGUACAUUCAAUUGAUAUUUGUGCUGAGGUGAUAUUCCUAUCUAAAACAUUGUCUUUCUUUUGUAGCACAGAGUUAUGCAUUAAAAUAUGCAUACAUAAUUAGUUUCCUAUAUAUUCAUGCCAUCUUGAAAAGACAGACUAUGGUGUAACCAUGAUUCUAUUAUGUAUUGGUACGUCUGUAGACCAAGAUAUAAUUUUUUAAAAAUAAGUUUAUUUCUUUCAAGGUUUACAAGUAACAAAGGUGCACCUUGUAUUUAAAGCCGCCAUUAGAGCCGAGAGCGCGCAUGCACAGUCAUUUUUGUUUAAAAGUAAUAUUUUUACUGUAAUAGAUUGUAAGACAUGGUGAGGGAGGGAUCUGACAGAGAUGAAUGUGCCAAGCAAAACCACAACUGUGUAUAUUUUAAAGCACAUCAUGGCUUUAAGUACCAUGUUGUUAAGGAUUCUCAUGAAGUGCCAUAGACUGUACAUCAAAUUAGAGUAUUAUUUCUUCAGUGUUAUUGUUUUCAGAGCCACAUUUUGUUGCUUAUUUGCUAGUACUAAUCAAUCAAAGGGCACCAUUCUUUUCUUUUUCUUUUUUGUUUUUGAAACCAAAGCUGUCUCAGAAAUGGCCAAUUUAACUCUACAGUAACAAUAGACGGCACAACAAACUCAAUACAGAUAAACUUCCACAUACUGGAGCUAUAUAUAAUAGAUAUAUAAAAUUAUUUUAAUGCAUUGUAGUGUAAUAUUUAUGCAUACUCUACUAUAUAACAUGUUAUUCAAAAGGGAUAUGCCAUUUCUGAGACACAAUAACAAAAAAUAUUUGAGGAAAUUAUUUUGCUUCUAUUUAUAGCCUCUGUCAAAAGUCAAAAGACUAUAAAUGCUUUGCAGAAAUGGUUUCACGUUUGCUUAAAUGCUUCAUCACAGUCACAUUCAAAAUAGUGACUCUAAACAAAGAGAACAGCACUGUCAUCAGAUGCAUGAUAAACCAAAAUAUGAAAAUGGGAAAUGUUUAAUUAACCUAGUAAUUGGGUGGGUUAAGUACAUGGGUGAAUUUUAUAUGUGAUUCUUUUGUUCAGAUUAACUGCUUAUAGCCUUAGAAAGCCUUUUAAAAAAAAUUUUAAAAAUAGAUGUGCAUUCAGUUUUUAAGAAUGGAUUCAUCCAAAGGAAUUCCCCCUUUUUGUGGUUUGGAUGUUGCAGCUAGUAAAGGAUAUUUUUGCUCUGUUCAGCAGUUCUAAAAGUCGCUGAGUAGGGGCCAGGUGACUGGCAGUUCUAGUGUGGAAUGGGAGAAGUGAGAGUUCUGUUAUAGAACUUUCCAUACUUCCAAGUUUACUGCAAGUUUUUAUGCUUGAGAGAGAUGCUUUCUAAUAUAAGACUGAUGUGUUGAUUUUACUGAUUGUACUGUACAUCUAUUAAAGCCUUAGAUUAUUACAUUACGGGUUGGAACCCAUACCAAUGUAAUUUCAAUCGUGUUAAGAGAGUAAUGGUGACUUCACAUGUUAUUGUAGUUAGUUACAUUAUAGAAUAUUACUUAUUUUUCUUGUUAAAAUGUAGUUUUUCAUUUCCUACAUUUAUUAGAUUUUCAUUUUCUAUUAACAAUUGAAUACCAUUUCAGUUUAUAGACUCUUGUUUUAUUAGAUUUUACCAAUGAAUUUUUCAAAAUACAAAAAAAGUUAAAGUAGUUUUUUCUUCAUAACAUACUCAGUUUUAAAUUACAUGUAGUGUCAUAUGAAUAUCCGUAUUAUUGUUAACUAAAUGAUUUAUAUUUUACUGAUUUAAUAUUACAGUAUAAGAAUGUCAGUCAUUGUUCUUGUCUAGUUUUCAUUAAAAGAACAAAGAUCUUUUAUAUGGAUAUCUUAUAAAUAUAUAAUCAUUGCUAAGUAAGAAGUUAAGUUGUUGCUAUGGCAACAAUCCUGGCAGACAAUUGAGUAAUAUUUUGAUGAUUUAUUUUGUUUGUAAUUAGUUAUUAUGAGAAGAUCUAGAUCCUAGAUAUUAGAAUAAAAUUUAUUUUCUACUGUAUCCAUUUCAAAUGUUAAAGUAUUGUUUAAUAUUUUUGAAAUCCCUGAAUAUCAGGCCUUGUUAUAAAUAAGCUGCAUAAUCAAUAAAUAGAACAAGGGACUUUUUGUUGAUAAUCCAAAUACUCAAAGUUUACGUAAUGAGAAUUUUAGCGUGUGUGCAAACUCUUGAGGGUUGAUGAUGCUGCAAUUUAGCAUGUUGGGAAGUCUAGAGAGAAGGUUGACUUUUUGCACUUCUGUAUAUAGUCAAAAGAGAGAAACCUGUAUAAUAGCAAGAUCUUAUUUUGAAUAAAAACGUCUAUAAUUACAAGGAGUUUUGUUAAGGCUAAUGAAAUGACAGACUGAGCAAAACUGCUUGCGAAAGUGGCACAGAGUUAGCACUCCCCACCCUUCAGACACGUUGCUUUGCUUUUUGUGGACAGCUUGUAGUUUGCCAGGAUUUUUCAGCUGGAAAGAUUUGCCAUCCUUCCGAGAUCUCAUGACUGACAAAGCUCCACUGGGCCAAAUCUGCCUGAAGAUCAUUACCAAAAAUAGCAGGUACUUCAGCCAUUAAGGUGAAAUCAUGGAUCAGAUAUUCCUUACAUUGUUUUCAAAACUACUGCAUGUUUAAAACUUCAACAAAAAAAAAAAAAAGAGAGAAAGAACUAUGCUAAGGACAUAUAUUAUUCAAAUCAAUUUCUGCCAAUUUCAAUGGUUUAUUGUUCAAAAUCUUCAAAACAAGUAUUGACUUUCACAAAAUUUAAACCAUAAACAGGCAAACCAAACGGCACACCUGUAGUUGUUAUGUGAUUGUUUUUUAAUUGCUGUAGAUCUUGUUCUUUCCGCAGGUGAAAAAAGAAAUUCAAAUUUCACUUUUAAUUUUCAACUCAGAAGCACUCAAAAGAGCCAAAUGUGACAAUGGCCACUUGUUCAAUGACUUGGUUGCCCAGCCUCCACUCCAGCUGGCUACUGAUGUUGCACUUAUCAGCAACCCAACCACUUUCAUCUGCUGAAAGGACAAUGUGCUUGGUUUUACUAUUAUGUAAUCACAACUUACUUUCUGCUUGUAGUUGCUUAAAAUUAUGUAUUUUGUCUAGGGCUGCAAUUUGUUUUAUGCUUAUUUUAUUAUUACUGCAGUAGUUGACUUUGCUGUAUGGAAAAAUAAAGUGAAAUUGCCCUAAUAAAACUUCUCUUUCUUAAGUA